AUGUUCUAUUCGGAGACGCUCCUCCAAAAGAGCGGGCCGCUGGCCCGCGUUUGGCUGUCGGCCAACAUCGAGCGCAAGCUUUCCAAGACACACAUUUUGCAGUCCAACCUGCCGGACAGUGUAGAGGCUAUCAUUACACCUGGUCAAGCCCCGAUGGCCCUCCGCCUGAGUGGUCAGCUGCUGCUCGGUGUCGUCAGAAUUUACAACCGCAAAGCUCGGUACCUAUUGGAGGACUGUAAUGAAGCCUCAAUGAAGAUCAAAAUGGCUUUCCGCUCAAGCGACAACCACGACAUGGCAGUUGCCAACCUAUACGUCAACAACCGCGAAGCGCUGCUGCUGCCUGACAAAAUCACUCCACUCGACAACCUUGAUCUUCCCCCGCCUCCCGAUGCCGCCUGGCUCUUGUCGCAAAUGGACGAUGUCACAGCCACGCCGGUCGGUCGCAAGGGUCGCGUUAGUCACCGUGACAUCAACUUGCAGGAAGAUUUCAACAACAGCCAGUUCCUCACUCAAGGAGACACUCUCGACGAUGAGCUGGAGUUGGCGCCCAUGGAGGAUCUUGAUCUUGAACUCGACUUUGGCAUGGAUGUUGAUGAUCGCCCUACCCGCAUGGACACGACUAUCGAAAUGGGAAGAGAUGCGCCCCUCGCACGUUCUGUGGAGGAUGAUAUGUUCAGCGAGCUUGACAUCAUGCCGCGAGGCAAGGACCAACCCGAACGCGAACCCUCGUUAGGUCUGGCUCUCGAUUUUGGUGACGACAACGUCCGUAUCGCCGAUGAAGAGGGAGACAUCCAAAUGGGCGACGACAAUGAAUUCCAAUUCCCUGCUGGUGAUCAAUCUGUUGCUCCGGGAUUCCCCGGUGCUCUGGACAUGCCGCGCGGUCGGAUCUCCGAGUCGCCACUUUCGGAGAUUGAUCCCGAGUUCGCGCGGGAGGUGGAGGAGGAAUACUCCCGGAUUCAGCACACAGACCUCUACGAACCGGAUGAAGACCAGGACCGCACUGUUGUCCGUCACCCUCAGCGUUCAAAGAAGAGGAGGAUUCUUCUGCCAGACGAGCAAACGAUGCUUUCCAGCAAUCACAUCAAGGACCAACAGGCCAACCAUGGCAACAUCCUCAGACCCCAGUCGUUCUUGCCUAGAGAUCCAUUCGUGCUCGCUCUGAUGGAGAUGCAAAAGAGUGGUGGCUUUGUCUCCAACAUCAUGCUUGAAGGUCGUGGUGCCAGCUGGGCACCUGAGUUGAGAGGCUUGCUCUCGCUUGAGGCCGUCAGCCGAUCCAGCGAGCUGAAGAGGAAGCGCGAUAGCGGCAUUGCGGACGUGGAGAGCGAGAAUGACGCCACGUCCAAGUCACCUCGCUUGAUUGUGGAAGAAGAGGAGGCUUUUGCUGUCGAGGCUGCCGGAUUCGGCAACCAAAGCGUCGCAGGUGACGGCACCGUUCUCGAAAUCCCGGCUGAGGAGGAAGGCAUUGCUUUUGGAGGAGACGACGACAACACCCGACCUGUCUCUCGCGAGGGAAGCCCCAUGCCCGGCUUUGACGAGACAACAGCUCCCGAAGUGCACCCUCAGGACAGUGGUCCUGUGUCACUGGGCACCAAGCAUGCUGUGCACAUACUGAGAGAUAUAUUCGGGCCUGACGCUGAGAACGACGCUGAGAAGCGCAAGAAGACCGCUGUGGUCUUCCAAGACCUGCUGCCAGAGGGAAGAACGACGAAAGCCGAUGCCACCAAGAUGUUCUUCGAAUGUCUCGUCUUGGCGACGAAGGACGCGAUCAAAGUCGAGCAAGGCGAGACGCUCGGUGCGCCUAUCAGAGUGCGUGCAAAGCGCGGUCUCUGGGGUGCAUGGGCCGAGCGCGAGGCAGGCGGCGAGAUUGCAGAGGAAGAGGAAGCCAACCAACCCGAGCCGGCAGUCGUCAGCGCCCCGGCGGUUGCCGUGGAGGCGUAG